GAGAGAGAGAAUUUGCCUCUUGAAGGAGAUUGGGAAUGGGAGAUGAACAGCCUUCGUCUGCAGUUGCAGACUGCAAUUUCGACCCUAAUGAACAUCUGAAGAUCGUGGUCAACCCAGAUGGCACUCUCACUCGCCUCCAUGAUUUCCCCACCACCGCUGCCAACGACGAAUCCCCCAAUUCAGCCGUGUUCACCAAAGACGUACCACUCAGCUCCACAAAGAACACCUGGCUCCGAAUCUUCCAACCCAAGCAACUUCCCCCCUCCACUCCAAAACUCCCCUUAAUUAUCUACUAUCACGGCGGUGGCUUCAUCAUUGGCAGCCCAGACUUGGCCAUUUUCCACAACUUCUGCUCCAAUAUGUCUACCCAGUUGCCGGCCGUUGUCGUCUCAGUCGCAUACCGCCUUGCUCCAGAACACCGCCUCCCCGCAGCCUACGAAGAUGCCGUCGAAGCCAUACAUUGGUUGAAGAAUGAAAGUCAAGCAGCGGUGGCGGAUCAUGAUCUGUCUCGGUGUUUCCUUAUGGGUGACAGCGCAGGUAGCAAUAUUGCCUACCAUGCCGGGUUACGUGCCACUGCGGUGACGAAUGAGAUAGAGCCCGUGAAGAUCGCUGGGGUUAUCUUGCACCAGCCAUUCUUUGGUGGGUUAGAGAGGACAGGAUCGGAGCUAAGACUGGUCAACGAUCAGAUAUUGCCGUUGUCGAGUAAUGAUUUGAUGUGGGAGUUGUCGUUACCGGUCGGAUCCAAUCGUGACCAUUGGUACUGCAAUCCGAUGAUGGUGGAUGAGAGCACAGAGGAAGGGAGAGGUGUUGGGUUGCUAGGGAGGUGUUUGGUGACAGGAUCCGAUGGGGAUCCGGUGAUCGACAGGCAGAGAAUGUUUGUGAGGAUGUUGGAGGAGAAAGGUGUUGAUGUCGUGGGUCGAUUCCGGGAGGACGGGUGCCAUGGACGAGAGGUCUUUGAUCCCAACGAUGCUAGGGCACUGUUUAUGGUCAUUUCCGAUUUCAUUUCUUCUUCUUACGUUUCUUAA